AGGGUAAAUAUUAUAUGUAGCACUUAGGGCUAUAUAUAAGCCUUAAAUACAUUUCUUUAAGUGGAAACAGUUUUAAGAAUUCAAGACACAUUUUCACAUCAACUGCGAUAAUAAAUGCUUAAUUUCAAUAUUUUGUUUCCAUUUUAACCACUUUAUACAUAGAUUUUCCAUAUAUUAAUACAUAAAUAGUCUAAAUGAAAAUACAUUAAUCAACUACUCAACCAUCGUCCACCUAUCCCCUAAAAAAAAAAAAAAAAAAAAAAAACUACUCUACAGUCCAAUACUAGGGCUUUCUCAGUCAAAAACUCCACACAUUUUUCGUUUCUCUCUUCCUCUUCCUCUUCCUCUUCCUCUUCCUCGUGCUCGAAUUGCAGAAUCUCGUUCCAGGAUAUGAAGCUAAUUAUUCUAUCUUGUUGCUGCACAAAUUCGACUAGCAGAUACCUUUUCUAUUCAUUGAAAGCCAUAUCUUCUUUUCCCAGAAAGUUUAUUCUGUGAAUUUCAUACUGGUAACUAAGAGCAAAAGUCCUCACAGGAUAAGAUGGUGAUCCGGCCACCGGCCAGAGCUCCAAGGAUCACUGAGUUUCUGAAGCCAUAUGUGCUAAAAAUGCACUUCACAAACAAAUACGUUCACGCACAAGUCAUCCACUCUCCAACAGCCACAGUGGCUGCUUCUGCAAGCUCACAGGAAAAGGCCUUGAGAUCAAACAUGGGCAUUACAAGGGAUGUUGCUGCUGCUGCAAAAAUUGGAAAAAUUCUUGGUGAGCGCUUGCUAAUUAAGAACAUUCCUGCUGUUUCCAUUUUCUUGAAGAGAGAACAGAAGUAUCACGGUAAGAUCAAAGCUGUGGUUGAUUCUAUGAGAGAAGUUGGUGUGAAAUUACUUUAAGUUGGGGCAUCAAAACUUUAGUUACGGGUGAUCUAAAGUUACUAGAAGUUUAGCAUCAUGUUUCUAGCUGCUGUUUUACUUCUUUUUUUUUAUGUUGGAAAAGAACGUAUCUCAAUCCCCAUUAAUGAAGUCUAGGAAUUUGAUUCAAAGCAUGCUUCAUCUUUUUUGAUAUUGUGGGAGAGAAUUGAAAAGGUGGUGUAUCAGCCUAUGUGCUCUGAGUUGUCGAGUUUGAACUCUCUUGUGUGUUUCCUUUGUCGAAGUAUGAAUUUUUGAAACUUGUUGACUGAUCUUGGUAAA